AUGAGCAAGGAAACUACAAACAAUAUCCCAGUAUGGGUAAACUUCCCUGAGUUGCCUAUACAAUACUGGAUGGUGGAGAAUCUGGGAAGAAUUGCAAGCUCGAUAGGGAAUCCAAUUUGUACAGACAAAUUAACAGCUCAAGAAGCAAGGAUAUCAUAUGCACGCAUGUUGAUCGAAAUGGAUGUGUCUCAACCAUUGCCUGAAACAGUGUUGAUAGAAACUGCUGGCAAAAAAUUGAGUUAUGACUGGCAACCAUCUUUUUGUCAAGACUACCUUCAAAUUGGACAUGGUCAGGCAGGAAAUAGGAAGCAAGGUGAACAACAUAGAAGGGGAAGGAAACAAGUCACUAAGUGGAUUGCUAAGCCAAAGGCAGACAUGGUAACUCCGGAACAAGAAGUAAGGGCUGAACCAAGUAAUGAAAAUGCAACUACAUCAGUAGUGAUAAGGCAAGAAGUAGUUUCUAGUGAAAUUAUACAGAAUGAAAAUGCUGAAUUCCAGGUAGCCAAAUCUAAAGGGAAACAGGUGCAAAGCCCUAAGGUGAAAAUAUCAAUAAGGAAUGGUCUGUCUAAGGAGAAUAUUGAAGCUAUGCUACAUCAAAAUAGAUUCAGUGCACUAAGAAUUCAGGAAAGAGAGGAUGCUAGUCAGGCAUCUAAGGAAGGAAGAGUACCCCUUGCCCACCCUCCAUGA